AUGCAUCUGUCCAAGGUGCUGAUGGACGGAGGCAGCAGCCUCAACAUCCUCUACGUCGACACCUUGGAAGCCAUGGGAAUCCCACAAGGCUGCUUGCGGGAAUCGCUCUUUCCCUUCUACGGCAUCCUGCCAGGCAUGAAGGCAUACCCGGUCAGCAAUAUCGACUUGCCGGUCACGUUUGGCAGCAAAGCAAACUUCCGUACCGAAACCCUCACAUUUGAGGUGGUGGACUGGAAGGGGGUGUAUCAUGCCAUCCUCGGGCGCCCUGCCUACGCCAAGUUCAUGGCCUACAUCAGUAGCUGUGAGUACUAUGAUCUCGCCACCACCAUGGCGAACUCGACUGAACUUGGCCAGCUUCGCGCCACCACUCCCGAGUGCCGUCCUGACCCUGGCAAACCUAGCCAAGCAUCGGCCUUCGUCUCAACCGACAAGACCAAGACGGUCGUGGUCGACGACGCCGACCCAACCAAGACUGUGCGGAUCGGCUCCCAGCUGCCGGCCAAAUAG